AUGGCCGCCAACUUCCCCAAGCUCACCCCAGCUUUCACCGUCCGUGUCGCCAUAUCCCCCCCAACAGCCCUCACCUCCACCCUCACCUUUGUCCCCUUCACCACCGGCGGCACCAUCGUCUCGCACCCGUCCUACCCCAUCCAGCUCGACGCCGCCAUCGAGCACGGCGCCGACUACAUCCGGGCGCACCCUUCCGGCAAGCACGUGCUGCUUGACGUGCAGAGCGUGGCGCGGGAUGCGAAGAGCGGGGGCUUGGUCCGGUUUGGGUAUAAGGGCAAGAUUGCGACGGGAGGGGCGGCGGGGAAGGUGUUGAGGGGUGAGGCUGGGUUGGGGGAGACGCCGUUUGGGGAGGCUUUCACCGUGGUGGAAUUUGAAGCUGGCACUGGAGCGUUGGCCGUACUGGAGGAGAAAGUCUACGUCGGUUCCGGCCGGUUCGUCAUCGAGGCCGGCAAACCCGUCAUCGUGGAGUAUCUCGUUAGCGAGGUGACUGAUCGAAGCUUAGACUAA